AUGUAUACAAUUAAAAUUUUCUCGGCAAUAUCAGUAUUGCUGGCAUUAUCUACUUCUAUACUAAACGUUGAAGCGCAACUUAAAGGAAAGUAUCCUCCAGUUGAUAAGCCUCCGCCAGCUGAUGCUACAUGGACCGCUCUCGUUGAUCAAACGAAACUUAUAAAAGCUCCUAUCAGAACUCCUGGAAUAUGUAAUCCUGUUGACACGUAUUGUGUUUGGUCUUGCACAAAUUGUUUGAGACCUGAAUCCGAUAUUCAAUAUUGUCCCGAUAAGAACGAUUGGGCCUUGACAUAUGACGAUGGUCCUUCUGUAAAUUCAUUGACAAUACUCGAUGCACUUAAUGCUCGAGGUAUUAAGGCAACAUUCUUUGUAAUUGGAAGUAGAGUUUUUGAAAAUCCUGAUAUUCUCAAAAAAAUUGUUGACUCGGGGCAUCAAAUUGGAUCACAUACAUGGUCGCACACACCACUCACCUCUCAAACUACAGAACAAAUUAUUGCAGAAGUCAAAUGGACAGAACAGGCUAUCAAAGAGGCCGUCAAUCUAACACCUAAAUGGUUUAGACCUCCUCAAGGAGAUUUUGAUGAUAGAGUACGUGGUAUAUUGACACAACUUGGAUAUAAAAUUGCAAUUUGGGAUUUGGAUACAUUUGAUUGGCAUUCG